AACAAAGAGUAGCAUUCGAGUAGCGUCCUCUUGUUCCGUUCGUAGCGAUGCCAGGAGCCCAGUUCGCACCUUCUUGUUCGUACAAGCGAUGCCCUUUGCUCCUAGUAGCUUCUUGUUCCUAGUAGUAAGGCCAGGAGCCCCUAGUAGCGCCCUUUGCUCCUAGUAGCGAUGCCCUUUGCUCCUAGUACGGCCAGGAGCCCCGUUCGUAGCGUCGGAGCACUUCUUUUUCGGUGUAGACGUGAUUUCCGGUUCAGCCUGUAGGAAUGAUCAAGUAGUGACGUCAAAGACCUGCGGUGGGAUCUGUAAAGGGUAGGUUUGAUUUACUUGUAAGAUCUGUAAAUGUGUAGGGUAGAUGGUAGAUCUUCUUUGGUCCUUACAUUUUGUUUCGAGGUGUCCAAGCAGGACGUGGAGCGUGCCGACAGAGCCCAGAAGGUUUACCUUGCAUUUGACAGCUCAUAGCAAGUCAAAUCAAUGCAUGUGCUGAACCUGAACCUGGGCAGAUCAGUUUGGCCUUGCAAGAAUUGGAGGUAGAGAGGAAGCAAAUGGAUGCAUACCACCAGGAGCUGGAGGAGGAGACGGAGGUCGCCCGGAAGCUACAAGCCUUGUGCGCUGACAUGGAGGCGAACCUGGACCUCCAGCCAGCUGAGGAGCUUCGCUUUGCGCUCGUGAAGGAAGAGGCCCUCUUGGCUACUGCCGAAGAACGGUUGUCCACGGUGCUCGCCAAGCCAAAUCCUGCGAAGGCUUCCCGCCGGGAGACCUUUCUUCGGGGUGCCGAAGAAAUCACGCAGGAGUCUGUGAGGCAGGCACAGGUUCUAGCAUCCAGAGCAGAGCGACACCUGGAGGAUGCCUUUUGCCGUGCUUGUGCCACUGCUGCGUCCACAAAGGCACUUUCCAGUGUGCGAGUGCGAAGCCGCAAUGCUUGGGACUCUGAGGUUGCCCGACUUAUUGAGACUUUGCAAGAGGUCGAAGACAUCAGUGCACAGCUGCUGGAGCAUCAAAGAGAUGCCAAAGAGGUGGCUGUGCUUCGACAUUCAGUGAGUUCGGAGCUCCAUGCGGGCUUUUUGCCUUUGAAGCGAGAACCCCGCGAGGCACUAUCCUCUGAGCUGGAAGGUCAUGCAAGCAAACUUUGGCGGGAUAAAGCACCGCUUGACUUGAUGACUUGAGCGGCUUGUCCACACAAUCCACACACACACAUACUUGCAAGGUUUGAGUAGUUGCAUUUUGUCUUUUGUAAUUUCCGCCGCCUCAAGCUAGAACAGCCUCCAUCAGAAC